GCACUACUGUGUUCCACCGUAGGAAAUAAAAUAUUGUUACACCCAAAGAAGACAACUUUUUAAAAAUGUACCGAAGAUAAUCAAUUCUGGUUAUCAAAUCAAUUCUGUCCUCCCGUACAGGCUGUCACUCGGAGAGCAAUGGGGGUACACGGGCUGUGGAAGCUGCUUGAGACCACCGGGAAGCCCAUCAACCCCGAGACGCUCGAGGGCAAGAUCCUGGCUGUCGACAUCAGUAUCUGGUUGAACCAGGCAGUGAAGGGUGUGAGAGACAGGGAGGGUAACAGUGUCCAGAACGCCCACCUCCUCACCCUGUUCCAUCGUCUCUGUAAAUUGCUCUUUUUCCGCAUCAGACCUGUCUUCGUGUUCGAUGGAGACGCACCUCUGAUCAAGAAACAGACCCUGGCCAUCAGAAGACAGAGAAAGGAGGAGAAGACUAUGGAGUCCAAACAGACCAAUGACAAACUCCUCAAGACCUUCCUGAAGAGACAAGCCAUCAAAGCUGCUCUGGGAGAGAGGAGGUGAGGAGAGGAGAGGA